GAGAGAGAGAAAAAAAACAAAGGUUUAAAGUAGAAGGGGCGACUGUGGUUAAAACUUUCGCCCUGUCUGCGGGCGACGUUUUAAAGCAGCCAAUGGACUGGAGGAAGGAAAGUCGGCACCUUGGCUUGGUUCGCCCUGGGCCAGUGCAUCGUGUGGGAGGGGAGAGGGAGCCGGUGACAGCAGCUGACUGCUAGCAUUGAGCGCUGGCUGGGAGCUGGGAGUGGGCAUCAAGGAGAGCGAGAGCAGCCACGCACGGACAGACACCACGGGGCAUCCACAGCCUUUACAGCCACACGGAUACAGUGAUCCUACUCCAUAUUGUGUAUGCUGGCUGAGGUCACACGGAGGAUCUGCUUUUGAGACACUGCCAAAUCGGUUCAUACAGCCGUACCCAGGAGGUAACUCAGGUCACAAAUUUUCCUCCCAUGUCAGAAAAGGUAAUUUUAUUUUGGUUCAGGGACUGCUGCCUUUAGUUACUGUAGUGAGGCCAAAACUAAGGUAGCAGGCAAACAAGCUGACCGGCUCCAUGUUCAAUACAUUUUGACUGGGACCUUAUGGAGAAGACAUUAUCUUGAUGAUCCAUGCAAAACUCGUUGACUGUGAAUGAACGUGACUGCAGACAUUUCUAUCGUCAUUAUUAUGAUUGUUGUUAUCAUUAAAGGCCAUGGCCACAGCAUCAAGAGGAGCUCCCCCACAGCCACCUGCAGCUAAGAGUGUGAUAGUUUAUCGAAAUGGGGAUCCAUUCUUCACUGGCAGAAGGUUUCUCAUCAACAAACAAGUCUCCACCUUUGACACUUUCCUUAACCAGGUCACCAAGGGCAUUAAUGCCCCUUUUGGGGCAGUCAGGAACAUCUACACUUCUAAGGAGGGUCACAGAGUCUUUGAUCUGGAUGAACUAGAAAACGGAGCCUGCUAUGUGGCAGCAGGAGUGGAGAAGUUUAAACCCUUGGAUUAUUUACAAAUUACAACAAAGAAGCCACAGAAAAAGAUAAAUGAGAUGAUUCGACCAGUUGUUCACAGCCGAAUUAUCGUUUCUGCACGAUGGAAGAAGUACAACUAUGAACCAUGUACCAUCAAUGUCUUUACCAAUGGCGACCUGCUGAUACCACCCGUGAGAUUACUUCUACCAAAACAUACAGUUCAAGACUGGAAUCGUGUCCUUGCCUUGAUUACGGACAAAGUCCAUUUGCGCACCGGAGCUACUCAGAGACUAUGCACAAUAGAUGGAAGGCCCUUACUCGGUGCAGCUGAAUUAGAAAAUAAUGAAUAUUAUGUGGCUGUUGGAUCAGAAAAAUUCAAGAAGCUGCCCUAUUAUCAAGUCUUGUCAAAGAAAAUUACAGUACGAGAGACUCAAGGAUUUCAUUCUGAUCUGCUUCCUCCAAUCAGAAGAGGUCGCAAGGCCAGAGGAAAGUUUGAGCUGCAUGACAUAUCCCAUGGUGAAUCAAGUGACUCUGGAUUUUUGUUCUCUCCCCAGCAGUCUGAAGGUGAUAGUUCCCAUUCUACGACAGAUGGACAAGUGCUUGUGGGAGCUCCGCAAAUGGUUCAAGGGCAGUCCAAAGACCUGGAAGCAAAACCAUCCAGGGAGAAAAAUUCAAUUUUUCGUGCAAAACCUAUGAAGGUCAAACACCACAAACAUUCGGCUGGUCCGUUGGCUGAAUACGAAGAUAAUGGUGUGUUUAAAGCUCAAGACGCUCGGAAAGAAACUCAAGAUGCUGCUGAGGUGAGGGAAGAUGCAGACAUGAGAGUGGAUCUACCGAUUGAUCAGAUCCCUGCUGAGGUUGUUCAUGAGGAAGAAAUACCACCUUAUGACAAUGAUACGUCCACAAAUAACCAUAAGGAAGACGAUGUGCUUCAUGGAAUGGAUGAUUACGGAAUAGUUAAGGAACAGUGGAAUGAUCCAAAUGGGUGGACAGGCGAUGAGGAUGGACUGGUUGAAAACACACCAGAAUACAGCAAAACUAAAGAGGAUGGACUGCCCAAUAAUACUGAUCGCAAUACCAGUACACUGGAGAAUUCAGAUGCACUACCCUCUGCAACAGAUGAACUUCAUAGUGAACAGGAGGAUCCAGGGCACAAAGUCUAUAACCCAGCCCAUGAUGACGAGAUUGCAGAUGGUUAUAAGAAUACAAAAUGAGGACCAUGCACAUUGUUCCUGACCCUAAAUGAAUCAUAAGGAUUUAACACUGAAAAAAUGUAUUUGAAUGAAAAACGAAGAUAGAUCUUGAAGUAACAUCGUCAGCAGUGGUGGGCAGUCAUCCAGUGAAUCGAUCGAUAUGCUUUAGAUGAAGCUGCAGCUCUCAGAUGCUUAUGAAAAUUUUUAUUUUAAAUGUAUUCAUUUUUCAAAAAUCAAGCACACUUUGUGCACUCCCAAUGCAGCUUGUCUAAUAUAUUUGUUAGUAAUAUUUCAUUAUCGUAUAACAGCUGAGGAUAUUACUUUCACCAUGAAUUUUGUUGAUUACUCUUUUUGUAAUUUUCUAAUUAAUUAUUUCUGUUUUUGCAUAAUCAGCUGGCUAACUGUAAAAUAUAAUUGCAUUUGCUAGAAAAUUACAGUCUCAGGCGAUGAAUUAAAUUGAUGAUUAUAUAGAGAAGAAUAAAGUAAUAACUUUCAACUAUUUAAUCAGUGUAACAUUCUUUGUCACAGUUUAAUGAAUUUUAUAAAUAAUGAGAAGGCUUUUGUUUUAUACUCCUGUGACUUAGGGGAUGGCAAUGAUGCAGACUAUUCAAAACAUGUUAGCACAGACAACUUACUAGUCAAGCAAACUUUAUGUCAGGUCUGAUCCGAAUAAUGGAGUCUUUCGAUAUGUUUAAUUUGUGAGUAACAUUAUGUUAGUUGUAAUUUGAUAAGAAUUCACAGAUCUAUUAAGUGUCUCAGAUCCUUGUGUGUUGAUUUUUUCUUUGGAUUAAAUGAGCAAACUCUGUGUUCUUCACAACAAAGUAAUAAAGGAGGUUUGGAAAUUGUUGCUCGCGAAUUGUCACUAUGUUUGCACGAUGGUCCUGUUGCUGUACAGCUAGUGUGGCUUUAAGAAAUCCAAUUGUUCUGUUAAAAGAAAAGAUUUGGUGUUGUGUCCUCACUGAAAUAUAAAUCCACUUGCCCAUUAUCUUUGUUUGUAACCAAAAAUAAUGAAUUUUUUAAAUGCUUUUAAAGAUUUAUCCCAGAACUACCAAUUGGUUUGGUUUGACUCAAGCACUGCACAGAAAUCACUGUUGUUGUCGCUGGGCUUGAACAGAUGAAAGCUAUAAUAGAACAUAGAACAGUACAAGGCGGCAUUGUUGUACAGUGGCAUUGUGCCUUACAGCUCCAAAGACCCGGAUUCAAUCGUGACUAUGGACAGGCUAGGACUAUAUUCCUUGGAUCACAGGAAAAUGACGGGAGAAUUUAUAGAGGUCUAGAUAUGAAUAGAUAGGGUGAAUGCACAGAGUAUUUUACCUAGAACAGGGGGAUCAAGAACCAGAGGACCUAGGUUUAAGGUGAUAUGGGAAUAAUUUAAUACCUGAGGGGAAACGUUUUGGUGAGUAUAUGAAACAAGCUGCCAGACGAGGUAGAUGAGGUAGGAACAGUAACAAAAUUCAAAAGACAUUUAGAUAGGUACAUGGAUAAGAAAUGUUUAGAGAGAUAUGAGCCAAAAGCAGGCAGUUCGGACUGUUAAAAUUCAUUUCACUUCAAACAGAUAAAAAUGCAAUAAAAUUAGUAAUCAAGUAGUAAAAUCAUUAUUUCACCGAGGCGGGUGUGACAGUUACUCUUAC